UUUAAGAACUGGUUAUCUUGUGUUGUGGCCAAAUAAACUAAUUGGAUACCGGCGAUUUCCGUGUUAACCAGAGCUUAGCCUCAGUUUAGCAGAGAUGGGUGUACGAGGACUGACCACUUAUAUUGCGGCAAAUGCAGAGAGAUUUCUGGAGCCUUUCGAACUACACGAUUGCUCGUUGGUAAUCGACGGUGAUAACUUAUGCAUUCAAUUAUUCGUUCGCUCAGAGGAACAAUUUGGUGCGUUUGGUGGAAACUACGAUCACUACUUUCGUUCGGUUGUGGCAUUUUUCGAACUUCUCGCCAAAUGCAACGUUCAACCAUAUGUGCUACUAGACGGAGGCUACGAAAAGAAUAAGUUGAAAACGGUAUGCAGUCGGAUGCUGGGACGAAUUCAAAUAAUUAAACACGUCAAAACCAUUUCAAAUCGGCCAAUUAUUCCACUUCUAAUUCGAGAAGUCUUUGUUGAUGCAUUGCGGGCGAUGAGGGUUCCCUUUAUGCGUUGCCUAUUCGAAGCGGACAAUGAAAUUGCAAUUUUGGCAAGAAAACUCGACUGUCCGGUGCUGAGCUAUGAUAGUGACUUUUAUAUUCAUAACGUGAAGUAUAUACCGUACGUUACAGUAACCCACAAAAUAUACAGAAGGGUAACGGAAAGUGAGCAGAAAUAUACAAUUGAAUUGGUGGACCGCAAGAAUAAAGGAAGAGAUAGAUUACUGGCCCGACAGGGUGACGGAGACAUUCAGCCUGAUCAGAUUAGGGAGUCUUACUGUUAUCUGGACUGCUCUCUGUACACAAUUGAACAACUGGUUGGCUCAGAGCAGUGUCUUAAACCUGAAAUGCUACCCCUGCUUGCGACGCUGCUGGGAAACGACUACAUCGAGCGGCGUGUUCUUGCCCGGUUUCAUUCUACCAUGAAGGUAGGCAAAGUCAGUCGAAAAGUAGCCCCACAACAGCGGCGCAUUGUUGCGAUACUGAAAUGGUUGAAGCACCAUUCAGUCCAUUCGGCUACAAGAGCAAUUCUCAAUCAGGUCAACGAUAGGCGUCGGACUGCUCUGACGCGGCAGCUGCAAAGUGCCAUGUACGGGUACAACUGUGAAGAAUGCGUUUCCUAUGAAUAUUUUGGUUUCAAAAAUGAGGAUACUGAAUGUGCAACAGAUGAUUUUUUGGAUAAUUUGCAAGAAGAGAGUUCGGAGACCAUGGACGAGCCAGAUUUAGUGGAUGAAGAACAAACACAGGAAGCAGAACCGAUAAGUGAAACGGAGUCACUGGAUGAACAGAACGAACCAGAAAUUGUAGAAGAGGAAGCUGAAUCGGUAAAAGAUGAGGAAGAGGAAAGAGAUCGUGAAGAGCAGUUUUUUAUUUGGGAACCAUGGCUAUUGGAAAUUUAUCAGGCUGGUUUAACUCCACGUUUUGUGAUUGACCUUUACCAUUCAAGUCAGUACAUCAAUUAUCCUCAAGUGGAGAAUAUUGCCAAACCAGAUAGCAACCAGAUUUGCUAUGACAUUUUACGAUAUAUUUUCGCUUUGUUGAAAAGUUCAAAGCGGGGACGAAACUUUCGGUAUCUUACUAGAUGUCAAAACGUAGCACAAUAUCGCUGGGAACGGUUUCAAGAUGUACAGCUACCCGAAUCAGUUACUUUUGACCCUAACAGAAAAAAGAAUUUACCUCUUUUAAAAGCGAUAUUUGAAGAAUUACCAAAUUGUGAUGAAGUAUUCUUGAGAUUGCAAAACUUUCCCGUCAAUUACAGGUUAUACUUUUUGUGCGUAACAAAUUGGGCUUUUAAGAGCAGUGAUGUUAGUCAUGUUCAUAUUCACACUUUAAUACUGUGCUUAAUACAGCUGCAAUACGUAGACAAACAUUUAACAAACAAAUCGCGAGAUCAGAAGGUUUUCCAAACGAAUCUUAAAACAUACCUGGAAGCACAGAAAACAGCCUUCUCAAAAAAUGACACGAAGCUUGACCUGCAAGCACACACAGCGGAAACUGCCAUGCAAAGCAUCAAAAGGCUUACGUCGACAGUUAAAAAACCGGAAGCGACUCUAACGUACGAAAUUCUACUGCCACACUUCACUGUUAACGAACGCCAGCAUCGAAGACAUGCGGAGUUCGACCGCCAAGUUGCGCAUACAUUUGCCGAGUUGCAAGCCGUUAUGCUGAACCUUUUCACGUUGAAUGCUUUGCUGCGCCAUCCGUUCGAACCACUGCGGGUGCAUGAAUUCUACAACGGCUUGUUCAUACACAAUGUCUACCAAACGUUGAGAGGCCGUUCAGAUCCGUUAGAAUACAUCCGAAGAACGAUUUUUCGUUAUUCACCAGCCCUGUUUGCACUACAUUCAAUGUUGUACCACUUUGUGCUAGAUUUGGUACCCAAACUGAAUACUAUUGCGAAUGACAGUAGCUCAAGUGUAAAGGUGAAGCCGAAGAAAAAAAGUAAAGUUUCGAAAAAUCGAAGCAACGGAAGUCGAAAACAGCAGGAUACGGAAACAGACCAAGUUGCCGUUCAUUCCGGCAGUGAACAGGACGAGUUUAGUGAUAUGAACAAUAUGUUCAAUCAGCUGCUCAUCUGCGCAGAAUAA